GUCUCUCGUGCCUGGACUCGCGCUGAUCGCGCAGCGGUGCUCUGUAAAAAGAGUCCUCAGCAUCGCUGUCAUUCGUGCUCGGACCCGUUUCUACACGAGUGCUGCAUUCGCUGCUGCGGUAGACACCCUUAGCCAUCGUGGUCGCCACCAUGGCUGCCAGCGAUGCGCCGCCGCCGCCGCCUGUUGACGAGGAGGACGAGCGCUGGGUCGACGUCACCGAGGACGUGGCCGGCGUCGCCGCGUCGCUGGACGUCGACGAGCUGCUCCGGGCGCCGACGUUCUCGCUCUACGACAGCAUGUCCGCGCUGGAAUUGAUGGAUCCCAAAAUGGACGCGCUGGGCUCCGAGCCGCCGCAGCGGUCCGUGGCGGAGUUGUUGAAAGACCUGCCGGUCGACCUCGCGCCCGGCCCGGCCAUCAUUAUACUAGAUAGGCUACUCGCGCUCGAGGUGUCCUACCACGGCGGCGCGUCGCUGCACGACUCUAUUUUAGAAUGUGUCGCGUUGCGGGACCCCGCGACGGCGGCGCUGAGCGACGCGUCGCCGGCAAGUAAGGCCGUCGCGCAGGCCGCGAAUUUGACCUUGUGGGUCUGCGAGGCCGCGCGCGAAAUUGUGGUCGCGGCGGACAUUUUUGAAGAGGAGGACUUCGCGACGUCCACGACCAAGGUCAGCAAGGCCGUCGAGGAGGCGCGGCGGCGGGGCCGGGCGCUCCCCGUUGAUGAAUCUGUCGAGGACGCGCGGUUGCAGGCCCACGUUGCGCUGAGACGGUCCCUGGCCGAGGCCGUCGCGCGCCUCGGCGCGGAGCGGCACGCCCUUCAGGACGACGGCGGCGCGACGGACCGAGCCCGGAACGCUCUAGACCAGCUCGAUGCCUUGGAUGCGGAUCAUAGUGAUGGCGACGCGACGAUUGCGGACGCAUGGUUCGCGACCUGCCGCGACGAGCACGCCACCACGAGAGGCGUCAGCCCGCCGCAGGGCGGCUGGGCGUCAUCAGAUGAACGGAAAGCAACGCGGGACGCCUGCCGCCAGCUGCUUAGGGGUUUGGACCGGGUCUGGGACCUGAGGAGGUGCCUGGCAUUUUUAAGGUUCAGUGACGAGUCGACCGAGCUCCCGGCCCUACCUUCAGUGGAUGCGCGGCGCUGCGAGCACGCGCACAGUCGUCUCCUCAGACUGUGCUUGAAUGUUGGCCAUCAAUCAAGGGGCGGCGGCCGCUUCGUGCUGCCUCGGUCCUUCGCGGCGUUGGAAUUGGGGGGCGCCGGCGCGCCGCUGCGGAAACUCCUGAAUCAGGACGACUUUGGCGCCGAGGCGUCGGCGACGCGCUUGGGGCGGGGGCCGAAGAAGGCGUCCGUGUUCGGCGUGGUCGUCGACUCGAUCGUGAGCGGUGGCGCGCCGAACUGCGUGGUCCAGUGCCGCGCGGGCGCCGAGUUCGCGUCCCGAGCAUCGUUGCGCGUAUUGCAUGUCUUGCGAGCCGUCGCGUCGGCGAACCGAGCGCGCUUACGACAACAACUUCCGGGACUGUUGUUAGAUUGGGCGCAGCUUGUGGAAGAUGCGCGCCGCGCCGAUAUGAGAUGUGCUGAAGCUUUACGCUUGCCCAACGAGCACGCGCGAUAUCUGGGCACCUGGGCCCUCAAAUAUAGCCUGUUGUUGAUGGAGCGGACGUUGGCGUUGGACGUGUCGCUCGAGUUAGUGGUCACUCCUUCUGAUUUGGAGCAUGUUUUUUGGUACCGCGAGUACUUGCUUGCAGCUAGAUCGACGCUGGCGCAGGACGCGAGGCGGCAACGUGUACUACUGAGAGAUUCAUUGGCAGAACAGCCCGACGCGCCGCGAAUUACGGAAGAGGAGCGGCGCUUGGAUGCUUUGGCGGACGCGCGCGACGCCGCGCUCGAGGCUUCACUCAGGGGCGCGCGGUGUCUGUGUCGCGCGACGCAUUUGGUUUGUGCGGCGCGAGCCGCGCGGGACGCGGCGACGUCGGACGGCGGGCAGACGUACGUGUAUGCUUCUCGUAGAACUCGUUUCGCGAAGCGGUUCUCGGCGUUUGCCUGCUUCGCCGAGCCGGCGCCCAUCCAGUACGAGGCCUAUGAAAGUAUCUCAUUGAAACAACGGGCGGCCUGCGACGAUAUUCCAACGGCCGCGGCCAAGUUUUUUGGAGACGCCGCGCAAUUGGUGGACCACGCGAUCAAGCUCGGGAAGACGGCGGAGCCCGUGUUGUAUUCCACGGCCGACGCCGACGACCUCGUGGCGUUGAAGCGUGUCGCCGUGUCGAAUCGCGUGGGCCUCGCGCGCGCGGACGCGGACGCGGACCCACCGCCCAAGUUCGCGCUGGACCUGGCGGCGCACGAGGACUUUCCGGUGGUGAAGGGGCUCUGAUGGGAUGAUGAUGGGUAAAUUUAAUUGGAUG